ACUCGACUCGCCACCGGUCGGCAUCUCGCUCUCGCAUGGCCACUCUGUCCGCGCCUCGCCCGUCCAUGACUCUCAUUAACCGCUCAUUUUUCGUGUCGCGCUGUGUCUAAUUACCCGCCUUAUCGCGCGCGCUACCCCUCUUGCCCAGUGAUUGUGCGCCCCCCGAGGAACCCCCCACGUACCCCGCGGUCGCCCCUUGUUGUGUUGUUUCUAGUGUUGUUGUGCUUGUAGCCGGUGAUUUUCGGGAUUCAGCGCCAGGAAGCUUUGGACUAAUUCUCAACUUCCAGUCAGGAGUAAAUUGCAUCCGUCGAAAAAGACACGACUUCAACUGUAAACGAGGAGCUACUGCUGGCACACAGGACAAAUUUAACACUCGCAUUUUUAAGCUUUCGCUUAGCAAAUAAUUAGAUAGUUUUGAUGUAACUUUCAAACGAAUGAAGUGCAAAUCAUUGACUGGAUCCCAUCCAUAUAUUUCUUAAAAAAUACAUAGUUUGAAUGAAAGUGCAGUGGUAAUUAGUCCGGAAUAAAAUAAUUAAACUAUGCUAGAGAGCGACUAAACCUCGCAGUUUCCGGAGCGGUAUAAUUAAAUAAAAGAGUGUUACUGAUAAGUGCAGCGAUAUCGUGACUGUGUGUGUGCGGCUGAUGCUACAAUCGCUGGAUUCCCUUAAUGUGCAAUGAACGGAGACAUCAAAGAACCUAAUUCCGUUGGGAGCCCGACGGUGGCGUCCAGCAAUGGCCAGGUCGUCACCCUCAAUGUCGCCUCUUCGACUCCCAUAAGAAGCCCGGCAGACAAUUCUACCAUGAUGACAUCCCUGAGUAACGAGUCCACAAGGUCUAUGGAUUCCUCGACGAUGCAAGGCAUCGACAACCCGAGCUUCGAGAAGGAGACGCCGGGGCCGAAGGCGCAGACGAACGGGGUGAAGAACUCCUCGAUGACGACGAUGACGAGCAACGGGAACGGGACGGCGCUGAGCCCGGGCCACGACCACAGCCAGACGAACGGUGCCCAGAACGGCGACGCCCACAAGGACCAGAGCGUCACCGAGGCGGUCAACCUGGAGCUGGUCAACCUCAAGCCCUACCACAGCAGCAUCCCCAUCAAAAAGGCCGAGGCCUCCACCGUCGAUCUCGGCGACCCCUACGACGAGUACUUCGUCCCUGUCAACGAGCACAAGAAGUAUAUCAGGGGUGAGAAAUUAUACGUAACUAAAGAUAAGCGAGAAAUGAACAGGCCGAGAAAGAAAAUAUGCUGCUGGACUGUGAUCGUGAUUCUUCUAGUUUCUGCAGUAAUCGCUUCAACUCUAGUUAUAUUCAUGCAGAAUGGUAUGCCACCAAUCGAGAGCAGGAGUAUAGGAGAGAGAGAGAAAACGCUGGGUGCCGGAGUCGGUGGGCUCGGAAUCGGCGGGAAAAUGUAUCCACCAACGCCCUCGCCUUCUUCAACGAUGCUACCCCCUCCACCCACAACAGAUAUGACCGGUCGACACGUGAAACGGGCAAUUCAAGGAGAACUCACCAUUGAAAACAUUAAGUUUUCCUCUGCUCUUGCUGAUCCUGAAUCAGAAGACUUUAAAUCUUUGGCGACAUCUCUAGAAGGAGAGUUGAAAAAAGUGCUGUUCAAUUCUGCCAUGCUCAAUUAUGGAUCUUCAAACAUCACCGUGAAAGUUAUCGAAUUUUCGCAAGGUAGUGUUGUCGUAAAAUACCGAAUUGGUUGGGUCCACAAAGAUGGAAUUAGGAAUCCACCAGAUCCUAUGACUCAAGAAAAACUAAAAGAUCAGCUGUCUGAAUACUUAAGACGAAACAAUGGACAUUUAUACAACUACAGCGUACCCACUUCAAAAUUGAAAUCUGAGGCGAUUGUCGAUCUGUGUCUGUUCAACAAGGCUAACUGCUCUCACACUUGCCAAUUUGAUUAUGAGUCUCUGAAUUUCAUGUGUUUGUGCCCUGCCAGUUUGAAACUUAUUAAUGGAAAAACCUGCAUUCCUAUGGAAUCUCAUGAUAUCAGCUCAAAGUUAGAACCAGAAUCAUCAUAUGAGGCAGAACCAGCAAGUGAACCAGAGCCAUCAUCUGAGCCAGAACCAUCAUCUGAACCAGAACCAUCAUCCGAACCAGAGCCAUCAUCUGAACCAGAACCAUCAUCUGAACCUGAACCUGAGUCAAAAUCAGAGCCGGAACCCUCAUCAGAGCCGGAUUCUAGAUUUGAAGCUGAUCCAUCUUUUGAAUCUGAGUCUAGUUUUGACUCAGAACCAAAGUCUGAACCUGAACCUAAAUCUGAGCCUGAGCCCAAAUCAGAACCUGAACCCAAAUCUGAACCUGAACCCAAAUCUGAGCCAGAACCAACAUCAGAACCUGAGCCUAAAUCUGAGCCUGAACCGAAAGCAGAUUCUGAAUCUUCCUCUGACCUACACUCACAUUAUUCAGCCACACCUGAGUCAGAGUCAAAGUCUGAUUCAGACUCAGAGUCGGAACCAGAACCGAAAUCAGAACCUGAGCCAAAAUCAGAACCUGAGCCCAGUGCAAAAUUAGAAUCUCUCCCGCAAGGAGAACCAAAGUCUGAACCUGAGCCUAAGUCAGAGCCGGAGCCAAAAUCUGAGCCUGAGCCUAAGUCAGAACCGGAACCGAAAUCCGAGCCUCAGCCCAAGUCAGAGCCUGAGCCAAAAUCUGAGCCUGAGCCAAAAUCUGAGCCCGAGCCUAAGUCAGAGCCAGAGCCAAAAUCUGAGCCUGAACCCACUUCUGAACCUGAGCCCAAAUCAGAACCUGAACCGAAAUCAGAACCUGAACCGAAAUCAGAACCUGAACCGAAAUCAGAACCUGAACCGAAAUCAGAACCUGAACCGAAAUCAGAACCUGAGCCGAAAUCUGAUGGAGACUCCGACAAAAGCGCAGAAGAAGUAUUAAAUUCUGUCUUAAAAUCUAAACCAGGUGUAGUUGGGAAGCAAAAGGAAAAUGAAUCAGAGCAAAAUACCUCUCAAGAAGAAGUUUCUGAAUCAAAAUCAAGCUCCAAUGAAUCAUCAAACAAUUCUGGACAUAGUUCCGAAUCUUCAGAGUCAAAGGAAGAUACGAAUGAUAAAUCCAAAGCAGAGAUAAACUCAAACAUGAAAUCCACCGAAAACUCUACCACUAAUGAAGAUGAAAUUUCCAAAACUGACACGAAAAGUUCAAUCAAUGAUGAAAUCAUAUCAGGGGAUGAACACAAGUUUGAUUUGCACAACUCCUUCAAAGGUUUAGUCGGCCCGUUCCCAGGAGAUUCCAGUAUAACCGACGAGGAGCAUUUAGAAGCAAAUGGAGCAGAACAAGAUGAGAAUAAUGCUUUCCAUCAGUUCGGAGGAAUGAGUCAUUUGUCUGAAAAUGGGCACACUGCUGAAAAGUAUAAUCAUCUAACCAGUAUGGAAGAAUUCUCAAAACCAAGAAGUAUGCACAAUUCCGAAGAGAGCAAUCCUCAUUUCGGUUCAGCUCCUGAUGUAGAGUAUUUGAAUCCUCAUGACCUAACAGGUACAAAAUCAAAGGACGAAGAAUUAAGUAAAGUUGUAAGUGGUGCAGCUGAUGAAAUGGAUGUCACAACUUUCAGUUCCGAAUUGACCAGAGGAACAGAGGAAGAUUCAAAAGAAAAAACUAAUGAUGGAGUUGAGCCGACAACUGUGAAAGCAACACAGUCGCACAGCUCUGAGAAGAAGGUCGAUGCUUUUGAAGUGGAAGAGAGUAUUCAUGAACAAUCCUCAUCUACUCAGAGCUCCUCUCAAAGCGCAGAUGUAACCGAUGAAAAUAAAUCGGUCAGCUCAACCGUAGCAAGUCAUCACUCAACGAUUAGUGAUGAAUCUAGUAAAUGGAUGAGUCAAGAAUAUUCUACGGAAUCAAGUAGUGUUGAAUCAGAAUCCGCCACCUCUGAAACUUCCAUGCAGUCUACUAAGUCGAAGGAGUCAGACACUUUUGAGGUCUCUGAAAGUCAAAGUGAAAAGUCUUUGUCAAGUGAAUCAAGCCCCUCUGAGAGAAAUGUAGAGUCUGCUUCAAUAACUUCUGUCAGUUCGAGCUCUUCAACGGAGGCCAGCUCCUCUACCUUUUCUUCAGAUGUAAGGGCUGCAGAUUUGAAAAAAUCUGAUGCUGCGGAAGUCUCAACAACUCACAGCUCGUUAGAUAUUGAUUCUACAAAAUCUAGUAGCACUCUAGAAAUCUCAAGUACCUCAGACUAUGAUUCAGCUCCGAAGACUGCUGAAAGCUCCACAUCUACUAGCCAUGAACCCGUGAGCAGAAAUGAUCAAGCAACAUCGUCAGUUUCAAAUGAAGAUCAGUCAAAUGAGGGAGGCGAGAGCACCACAAAAUCUUUGCUAAACGGAAGUAGCGUUUUUAAUGAUAAUGACGACUCCAACAAUUUUCAAACUUUAUCUGAAGAAAGUAAAUCAACCAAGGUUGCAAAUAAUAGAGAAAUCAGCUCUAACGAAGAAGUGAGUAGCGUUGAUGAAAAUAACCUAAAGCACCUUGAUAGUGAGAGUAUUAGUUCUAACUCAACCCUAGCAGACUACGUUAGUAAGGAAAGUAAAAGUAGCAUAGAAACUUUAAAUGAUGAAGGUGAGAGGAAAAACAAUGAGGAUGAGCAGGAACAUCCCGCAACAGUAGUUCCCUCCAAAGGAGAGGACUCUUCGAAUGAAUCCGAGUCGGUUGACAAAAGUAAAUCAUCUGAAAAUUGGGGGAAAAAUAAAUCAAUCGACGAUGAUAGUUCAUAUGCAAAUAAUGUUGAUGAUAAUGAUUUCAGUUCAGCUGUUCCCAGUAAAAAGAAAUUAAGUGAGAAAACUAAAAAAGUUGAGCAUGAAAAAAAGAAUAAGCAUGAUCAGUACUUUGCCAGCACAGCAUCCCCUGUCUCAUCUUUUGUAACACCAGUAGCAGAAAAAGAUUCUAGCUCUGAGGCAGAUUUAAAAGUUGAUAUCGGAAACGUAAAUGAUAUGAUGCCAUUCCAGCAGUUUUCAAAGUGCACAACGGUGCAAUUCCAGUGUGUUAAUGAUACCACUCAUGAUGGUGCUUACUGCAUCGAUCAGUCCUCAAGAUGCGAUUCGGUAGCAGAUUGUAGGGAUGGCUCUGAUGAAAUCGGUUGCAAGGAAGAAAAAUGUUUGGGAAAUUUCCAGUGUGCAAAUGGAGAUUGCCUAAAACGUGAUUUGGUGUGCAAUGGCAUCACCGACUGCUUCGAUGGGUCUGACGAGCAGAACUGCGAGAAGUGGCAGUGUAUAUUUGAUGAAACCCAGUGUCCCAACGGAAGGUGUAUUCCAACCAUUUGGAAAUGUGAUGGCAAGCCUGACUGUAGCAAUCAUACAGAUGAGCUGAAUUGCCCUCAAAGUUGUGGCAAUGAUGAGUUCCACUGUUCGGAAGGCUAUUGUAUCGCAAGCACACUACGUUGCAAUGGUAUCCCAGACUGUUAUAAUGGAGAAGAUGAAAAAUUAUGUGACUGUGAUGUAGACCAACAUAAGUGUAACACAGGUGGAUGUGUUGACAAACAGAAAGUCUGUGAUGGUGUCUACGACUGCCUGGAUAUGAGUGAUGAAUGGGAUUGUGUUUCUUAUGACAAGGUGGUGAAAAUCCGAAGUAGCUCUGAUGAAUCGAAGCUUUGCUAUGAUAACUGGAAUAAAGAUGCGGGUGACUUGAUCUGUCAAAGAUUAGGUUUUGCCAAGUCGUUGUCUGAUGUCGGUCGAAAAAUUGAUGCCGCUGAUUUGGCCUCGAUGAAAGUUGUAACACUGAAACAGAACGUUUCUCUUGACCCAAGUUUACCUGUUUCUGCCUACCUUGGGCCUGCCUCUGAAUGCUCUGAGAUUGUGGAUUUAGCUUGUCAAGAAUACACCUGUGGCACUUUCACUGCUGUAGCCAGUGACAUGCCAUCAACGCCGACGAAGCACUCUAUCGCUGUCAGCGGACAGUGGCCCUCGAUUGUAGCUCUCUCAAAUAUAAAGAGCAGGAAAACUUGUGCAGCCAGCAUUUUAAGCCCCAACUGGCUUUUAGGUUCCUACAGCUGCCUUUAUUCAAAGAAUAAAAUUAUUUCAACAGAAAAUUGGGUAGCAUACGGAGGAGAUGUAGAGUUCUCUGCAAACCAUGAAGAACUUCAGAAACGAGAUGUUAUCUCUAUAGUUCCUCAUCCCGAAUUCAAAUACAAUGGACUAUUGUACACCAAUGAUAUUGUUUUAGUUCAACUCAAAGAGCCAUUCCUACUUGCUGGAUCAACCGAAGCAAUUUGUCUACCUCUGAAAGAAGCUGACCCUCAGCAAACUUGCGUCGUUGCCAGCUGGGUUGAAAGUUCACCAAUGAAUGGUAGUAAGAGGCAUCUAGAAUUCAUGCCAGUCUCAAUGUUAGAUGCGUCAGAAUGCAACUCAACCAGUCAUUACUCAGGAUUCUUAUCCAAUGAUGAAAUCUGUGCUCAGUUUUCAAAUCCUGAAGGAACUCCUUGCUUUAAUGAUGAAGGAGCUCCUUUGAUGUGCAAUAACGAUGGCUCAACAUGGGAGCUGCAAGGUGUCCUGAGCUAUCAUCAAUCUUGUGGAAAGAAGUCUCAUCCACCUGUUUUCUCAGCCGUAUCGGCAGUAAAACCAUGGAUCCAUCACACCAUCGUAGGAACGAAACUCCAAAGUGCGUCCAGGAGAAGGUGAUCCAGAGCUGAUUUAGUCAUUUCUUCUGAAUUUGGAGUAUGUUGAGACUAUUCCUAUCAACUAAUCCAACUAAAGUCUGAUUUUAGUCGGUAUAGUUUUUUCAAUCGUCUCAUUGCUCUGUAAAAAACUUAUCGGUGUGUUGCCAUGAGACUGAUCUAUCUCGAAUAACUGUUUUGUCCCAGAAUAUAAAUUGCUCAUUUAAGUACGUUUUAUCUGUUAUUUCUCUGCAGCUCUGUAGAAACGUGUUCAUUGAAUUCGUUUUAGGUGAUCGAAAAGUAUCAUAACUGUGAAAAACUCAGGUUUUAUAGAAUGUAGAGAGAAUUCAAAAAUAUGGUUAGUUGAAAUUACCAAAAUUACUCAUAAAACGUACUUGUAAAGAGGUCGCACUCCACUCUAUGAUGAGAUAAACAGAGAAACCUUGUGAAAACUUUUUCUCUAUGAACUUUUUCAAUACUUAUGAGUAUAUUAUGAGCAGUCUCUUUCAUUUACUUGAAAAGAACAGAAACAAGCAAAAAUGCAAUCUCUAAAAGAAGUUUGAUUAGAAUUUUUUUUCUCAGUAAUAUUAGCCUGCUGUUUUCUCUUGCAAAGCAAUGGAGGCUUUGCAUUACGAUUAAAAUCUUACAUGCUUUUUGUUUUUGAUUGCAUUAUUUUGUUUACUAUCAAAUCUCUGAGGAUUUUCCAAUCCAUGAGACUUUACCAAAGUUACCUUUUCAUGAUACUUGUGUCAUAUCUCUAUGACUGAAUAUAUAGUGCCUUUUACAAAUCAAUUAAAUGUAAAAUGGAUUUUCAGCCUACCCAUAAGUGUUAUUUUUUUAUUACUAUUAUUUUAUUUUACUUUUUUUUAAAGGAAAUUGAAGUCCAUCCUACUUGCAUACAAUUUUAUAACCAUGAAAUAUCCCAGAGCAGCUCAUUUGUAAAUAAUUUUAGCAUUCAGUUAGGUAGAAGUUUAUUUGAUUGAUGGCAUAUUUCCAAGUAUAAGUUGGAGAAGAUUUUCUUUUGACAAUUACCAGCUCCUCUUUUGAGGUGCUUUCAAUUAAAAAGGGUGUACGAAACAAGAAUUAAUUUUGGAGGAGCUGUGCCUGGUGUGAACGAUAAUAGCCCUCCUUUUCGUAAAGUCUUCAAUUUGUGAUAUUUAUUUAUUGUUUUCUUCUCCUUGUCUUCUUUUCAUCUGUCACUAUGGAAAACUUCUUAGCUUUUUUUGCUUGUUUCAAGCAGUGAUUAUCUGCCUCAAAAUAAAAGCCAUGCAUACGAAUUAGAUUUUUUUGUUUAUAGGUGAUAGGAAUUUAUUGAAAGUAAUUAUGAUUCCUGAAUUUCUGAACUAUGUGCCUGAAGAUCAAAAAAUAAAAUUUAAAAUACCACCAGUGCUAUCAUAUCUUCGACUUUGUGAGUGGUCUCCAUAUUGUGAGAUUACUUAUAAGAGCUUCUCUGUUCAUUUUUAUGCAAUUGAGUCGAAAUUCAAAGAGUACAUUUAUGAAGAAAUGUGCAGUGAUUCCCCAUUAUGAAGAAUAUUUUUAUCUCUAGAAUCAUGAACACUGUCCACAUAGCUUGUUAUAUUUUGGGGAAUCAUUUUUAUAGUUUUACCUGAAGUUUUAGCUCAAUAAUCCUCUGUCAUUUUUUAAGAGUCGUGUUAGUCGUAAAUGUAGAUAGAGAAAUAUAGUAAAAUUUAGGUACUUGUAUUUUUGUUAAUGAACUUGUAAAGUUUACUUGUAUAAAUAUCAUUUUUGAAUUUGCAAACAAAUUUUGUGAAAUCGUAGUUUUGAAUUUUUAAAAUUUCGGAAAAGAGGGUUACAAAUAAUGAGUCCACCUUAAAAUAUCUGUCAUAAUGAUUGAAAAUUGUUUCGGAAAACAAUUUUACAUCCUAGCCGCUUUGAAAAUGGACCUACGCUUCAGAAUAACUUUCAAUGCAAUGAUACGGAAAAUCGUUUGACAAACUUUUGUUUUGUAUUUAAAUUUCCUCCUUGUUUUAUAACACAUUUUUUCUCAUCAAUAAUGUUGGCCCAUCUUGUGAUUUUUAUCUUGGCUUUUGAAUUAGCCCUGACCUGACCAUUGAUUAAACGGAUUUUUUUUUUUUUUCAAUUUUAGUUUAUUUGUACUAUUUUAAGCUAAAGUAUGUAAACUGCAAUUAAAUAUCAUAUAUUUCCCUCAUAAUUUCAACUUUUAAACAACAUCUCUUCCUCGUAAGAAUUUUAAACGCUCAAAACUACUUGCAAACGGAUGUAUUUUUAGGUAUUUUUUUCUUUUUUUUUUGUAAAUACUGCAUUAGGAAAGCAAAUCGAACAAUCUUAGAAUGACAAAUUUUAUGGUGAAUUUAUUUUGCAAACAUGAAGGGAGACGAGCAAAACGCGUCCGACUCCUAGCAUCACAAGAAACGCCAAAAUUGUUAACCUUUGUUAGUUAAUUAUUAUACCUAUCUAAAAUAGAAGUUGACUCUGAUAAUAUUAAAGAAUUAAUUCAGCAGUGAAGUAAAUAAUGGCGAAUUUUUUUGAAAUUUUUUCCGUCCAUGAACUCAGUAUGUUUGUAAAUUUUUCUUGCUUGUAUUGAAAUUUGCAGCUUUCUUACGAUUUGUAAAUUUUAACUGUAAAUACCAAGUGAGACUACUUACUUCUGAUAAAUUUUAUGGUAGUUUUAUUUGUUAUAUAUUUUAGUGAAAUAUAGAAAAGACUGCUACUUAUGUUACUGUUGGAGGGAUGCCAUUUUUACAAGGGAGAUAUUAAUAAAUCAUCUCUCCAUUUAAGAGAGUUUUGUCUGAAAAAAGCAAGGAACCGAAAAGAGGCAUGUUAUGUCUCUGAACUCCAAUUGGUAAAUUUGAAAGAUGUUCAGACUAAGUUGUGUUUUAGAUGUAUAUUAUAAAUGUAAGGAUGAAGUCUUGACGAGGAAUGACUGUGACAGCAACAAUUUAUUCUUCACUUUUCUGAAUAGAAAUGAGACAAAAUGCUAAAGAUGAUUUGACUCCUUUACAGUUUUCUCAAACUUAGAAUAUAAUUGGUCUUCAGACCAGAUAAGGUGUGAAUCAAAGCACUCUGCACCAUGUUUUUGCCAAAAAAUUUCGCAUAGAAAACGAAUCACAGGAUAUGAAGCCUAGAAAUCAAGUCCUAAAGAAGAUGCUAAUGUUUACAAUUAACUAGAGUUAAAUAGAGAAAAGACAAAUGGACCGCGUACAGCAGAAAGGAACCAAGCCUCAUCAGCCAUUGCCAUAUUUAAUUGAGCAAUUUAAUUUCUUUACAAAAGAACGUUUGUGCGGAUUCCUUUGAAAAUUUUCAGGGGUUUGCUUCGUAUUAUGCAGAAAAUUCACUGAAAUUCGCACACAAAUCCGCGCAACUGUUUCCAUGUAAAAAAUUAAAUUGCCCCAUUGAAUUUGGCAAUAGCUGAUGUGGCUUGGUUCCUUUCUGCUUACCGCCGUCCAAAUAACCUUAUUACGUGUAUAAUCUAGUUUAUAUUUCAUUAUGGAGUUGAUUUCCGAACUUCUUGUGUGAAUCGUUUUCUUCGUAAGAUUUCGCAAAGAAAACCUGCGACUUCUUUUUGAAUUAAGACCUUUUCUAGUGACCCAUCGUUUUGCUGUUAAUAAGUCGGGCACUUUUUACUCAUUUUCACAGAUACUUUUUUGAAGAGGCGUUAGAAGAAUUUCAAAUGAGUACACCAACCACAACUUCAAGGGCAAAAAUUUUGAUUUCACACAGAAAUGGAAUUAAUUUCAAAUACCUAUGACAUUCCAAAGCAAUUUUUUCUUUUUACGUUUCAAAUUUUUGCUCCAAGUCAUAAUAUGUCCAUGGUUGUGAGCUUUGUUUCCCUCUAAAUAAUUUACCAAACAAUUCACAUUUUCAGGAAGCAUUUUUUAAAAAAAAAAUCAAGUUUUUCAUAGGAAAUGAAAUAACCUUUUUCUCUGUUACAUUCAAACUAUGGCAACCCUUUCCAGGAAAAGUAAGUUCAACUACAACAACGUAUCCAAACCUAAAUCCAUCCUACAGUCUGACAUCAUCAAUCAGUCUUGUCUUUAUCUUCAUCUUUGGUAACCCUAGCUGGAGAUAGUCCAAUGAUAUUUUUAUAAAUGACUUUACUUCUUUAAGUAGAUAAAAGAUGUAUUAAAUCCUUUCAUAAAUAUAAUGUUGCUACAGUGUUAA